CAAUUAGUUUCUUUUAAAUAGUAUCUUGUAUACUGUUUGAAAGGUAACAUUGUGGUGUGUGAUGUAAUUAAAUAAUAUUUGAUAAUAAUAGUAUUAAGCAAGAAUUUUUCAAAGAAAAUAUGGACUUGGAUACUUCUUAUAUUGAACCUUUACUUGAUGAUUGGCUAGAAGAACUUCAAUCAAUCAUUAAAGCACAAGAAAGUUUUAUCAAAGCUAAAGACGAAUUUUACAUGCCGUUUGUAGCCAUACCAAUUCCAAUUAUCAAUGCAAUAUUUAAAAUAACAGAAUAUCUCCAUUUGGGGCCAGAUACUAGAUACAUUGCUAUUCACUUAUAUGAUAAAUUUAUGUGUAGCUAUUUUUGGGAAGUAUAUAGAAAUGCUGAUCAAACAGAAAGUUCUUGGUCCCAAGUUUGUAAAAAAGUAGCAAGUCAAUCAAAAUUAUACCUCAUGUCUUGUUUGCAAUUAGCAAAUAAAAUGGAUUCACAUUUCAACAAGUUAAGAAUAUCGCAAGUACUUGGUAUCUUGCGGUGUAUAGACAAAAAAUCUGAAUACACACCCAAUGUAAUUUUUCUAUCAGAAUAUAAGGUAUUUAAGACUGUUGGGUUCAGAAUGCCAUUUUACACUCCGUUAAAUUGUGUAGAAAUUCUUUUAGCUGCAACAGGACUCAAGGAUACUCCAAAUAUGCAAGAACUUACUAUAAAUUUAUUGGAUCUAGUUUAUCUGCAGAGGGAGGAAAUAUAUUUUCAUUUGCAAUGUUUGUUGCAAGAACACAUAGCAAAAACUCAACAAGAAAAGAGGAGUCUUAUGAUGUUAAUGUCAAAUAUAUUAUUUUUGGGAGCUUCUAUUGUUCUUUGUGGGGCAUUCUUUUUGUGUAUAGAUUGUAAAUCUGUAAGAGUUAUAGCUUCAAAAUUAUCGCAAUUAAUAGAUAUGAAGAUUCAUGAUAUUUGGGAUAUGGCUAACAUACUUCUUAUAAUGGCAAUUCAAGAAUAAUUCUUAAAAAAUCUAUGUAAAAGUAAACUUUUGUAUAUUAUACAUUGCAUAUUACUGCAUAUCAAUAAAUUUGUACAAAUU